AUGUUUAUUCAAAAUAAAUAGAACCUAGGUACAUUUCCUGAGUCAUGUUGAUGUUUAUUUCAGUCCAAUUUACCGCGUAGUGAGUUGAGCUAGCUAUCUUUCAUGAUGGAGCAAACUGUUUCAAAUGUGGAAGUCUGUAAUUUAGCCUUCACUGGUGAAUUUGACAAAUUAAAGAAAAGCAUUUUAACGGAUAAAUCGCUCGCUUGCAAAACGGACCAGGACCAAAGGACUGCGCUCCACUGGGCCUGCUCGGCUGGACACGUCAAGAUCGUUGAGUUUCUGCUGGAUCUGGGGGUAGAAGUCAACCUACAAGAUGAUGCCAGUUGGACUCCCCUCCACAUCGCAGCAUCUGCAGGCAGAGAGGAGAUAGUGAAGUCACUAAUAAACAAAGGAGCCCAGCUGAACUCAGUCAACCAGAACGGCUGCACCCCUCUGCACUACGCUGCCUCCAAGGACAGAUAUGAGAUCGCCCUCCUGUUGUUGGAGAGUGGAGCGGACCCUAAUGUCACAGAUAAGCUGGCGUCUACUCCCCUACACAGAGCCUCAACCAAGGGCAACUGCCGUCUGAUCCAGCUGCUGCUCAAACAGAGCGCUUCUACCAACAUACAGGACUCUGAGGGAAACACUGCACUCCACCUGGCGUGUGACGAGGAGCGUGUGGAGGCAGCUAAACUCCUGGUGGAGAACGGAGCCAGCAUCUACAUAGAGAACAAGGAGGAGAAGACACCAUUACAGAUCUCUAAAGGAGGUCUGGCCACACUGCUGCGGAGGAUCGUAGAAGGAGGAAACGUCUGAUCCAUCUGAUCACACACUGAAGCAGCGAGAAGAUCCAGUCGACCGUGGUCUAAAGGGGCUUCCUCUCCUCUCCUAAUCUCUCCUUCAUCUCCACUGAUUUGAGAAAACAGGAUAAACUCUGCCAUAUUGCUUUGACCUAUCCUCUAUAUUCUAGUCCGGCGGGGGGGGGGUACUUCCACCAGUCCAGUUACAGAUCAGUGUAGAUGAAGGAGAGGAGGUGAGGCGAGUGAGAGAGUUGGAAUGGCAGGAGAGGGGAUGAGGAGAGGAGAGGAGGCCACUGUGGAAU